GAGUGAGUGUGUGUGUGUGUGUGUGUGUGUGUGUGUGUGUGUGUGUGUGUUUAGUUAGCUGGCACGAUACACUUCCCCAGGGUUGUGUUUCCUUUUUCCUGAGAUUUGGCUAAGGGUAAAGGGUCGGAGUCACAUGGAUUGAAAGCAUUUGAUUGAUGUCCAAGUCACCGCUGUGGCUGGAGCCGCCUCCCCUCAGGCUGGGGCCGCGUGAGGCCGGAGCAGAGGGCCGGGCCGGGCUCCCGCUCUCUGGGGACUGUCCUGCUCUGAGUCCCGCGCGUCCCGCGCGCGCGCCACAGCCGGAGCACAGUCCUCUGCCCACGACCCAGCCUCGGGUCAGCAUGUGAAGCUGCGUGUUCCGGCUCGGACUCCGCAAAGGCGGCAACUUUGCGGGCGGCAGUGGUGGCAGCAGGCGCGGGGCAGCGCACUUGCCCUUAGCCCCGCGCCCCGCCGGCCACCAUGAGCGACGAGAGCGCCAGGGACGCGGACAAGCAGCUUCGCCUGCGCGUGUGCGUGCUCAGCGAGCUACAGAAGACCGAGCGCGACUACGUGGGCACGCUGGAGUUCCUGGUGUCGGCCUUCUUGCAUCGAAUGAACCAGUGUGCAGCAGCUAAGCUCGAUAAAAAUGUGACGGAGGAAACAGUGAAGAUGUUAUUCUCCAAUAUCGAGGAGAUCCUCGCCGUACAUAAGGAGUUCUUGAAAGUUGUAGAAGAAUGCUUACAUCCGGAACCCAACGCGCAGCAGGAAGUGGGAACCUGCUUCCUUAACUUUAAAGACAAGUUUCGUAUCUAUGAUGAGUAUUGCAGCAACCACGAAAAGGCACAAAAAUUGCUUCUUGAGCUGAACAAAAUAAGAACAAUCCGGACGUUUCUUUUGAACUGCAUGCUGCUUGGAGGACGGAAGAAUACAGAUGUGCCCCUGGAAGGAUAUUUAGUGACACCGAUACAAAGGAUUUGCAAGUACCCUCUCCUUUUGAAGGAAUUACUGAAGCGGACCCCACGGAAACACAGUGACUACACAGCAGUGAUGGAAGCCCUCCAAGCCAUGAAAGCUGUUUGUUCCAACAUUAAUGAGGCCAAGAGACAGAUGGAGAAACUGGAAGUUUUAGAAGAGUGGCAGGCACACAUUGAAGGCUGGGAGGGUUCCAACAUUACCGACACCUGUACUGAGAUGCUCAUGUGUGGAGUCCUAAUGAAAAUUUCUUCCGGAAAUAUUCAAGAAAGGGUGUUUUUUCUUUUUGAUAAUCUUUUGGUAUACUGCAAAAGAAAACACAGACGGCUGAAGAAUAGCAAGGCAUCCACGGAUGGGCAUCGGUAUGUCUUCCGAGGGCGGAUCAAUACCGAGGUGAUGGAAGUGGAGAAUGUGGAUGACGGUACAGCUGAUUUUCACAGCAGUGGGCACAUAGUUGUGAAUGGGUGGAAGAUACACAACACAGCGAAAAAUAAAUGGUUCGUAUGCAUGGCUAAAAGCCCUGAAGAAAAGCAUGAAUGGUUUGAAGCUAUCUUGAAAGAAAGAGAACGUCGGAAAGGUUUAAAAUUAGGAAUGGAGCAAGAUACCUGGGUAAUGAUCUCCGAGCAGGGUGAGAAAUUGUAUAAAAUGAUGUGCAAGCAGGGAAAUCUGAUCAAAGACAGAAAAAGAAAACUGACCACAUUCCCCAAGUGCUUCCUGGGAAGUGAAUUUGUCUCAUGGCUGCUGGAAAUUGGAGAAAUCCACAGGCCUGAAGAGGGUGUUCACUUGGGACAAGCAUUGCUAGAGAACGGGAUCAUCCACCAUGUUACCGAUAAGCACCAGUUCAAGCCAGAGCAAAUGCUAUACCGAUUCCGAUAUGAUGAUGGUACCUUUUACCCCAGGAGUGAGAUGCAGGAUGUGAUUUCUAAGGGUGUAAGACUCUACUGUCGUCUCCAUAGUCUGUUUACUCCGGUGGUCAGAGAUAAAGAUUAUCAUUUAAGAACUUACAAAUCUGUCGUCAUGGCCAACAAAUUGAUAGACUGGUUAAUUGCACAGGGUGAUUGCCGUACCAGGGAAGAGGCAAUGAUAUUUGCUGUUGGGCUUUGUGACAAUGGAUUCAUGCAUCACGUCCUAGAAAAAAGUGAAUUCAAAGACGAGCCUCUACUUUUCCGCUUUUUUGCCGAUGAGGAAAUGGAAGGAUCAAAUAUGAAACACAGGCUGAUGAAACAUGACUUGAAGGUGGUGGAGAAUGUCAUAGCUAAGUCACUGUUGAUUAAAUCCAAUGAAGGCAGCUAUGGAUUUGGGCUGGAAGACAAAAAUAAAGUUCCAAUAAUAAAGUUAGUGGAAAAAGGGUCGAAUGCUGAGAUGGCUGGCAUGGAAGUUGGGAAGAAGAUAUUUGCUAUUAAUGGUGACCUGGUUUUUCUGAGACCUUUUCCUGAAGUUGAUUGCUUCCUGAAAUCGUGCUUGAACAGCAGAAAGCCACUGAGAGUCCUUGUGAGCACAAAGCCAAGGGAGACCGUUAAGAUCCCAGAUUCUGCAGAUGGGCUUGGUUUCCAGAUCAGAGGCUUUGGUCCUUCAGUUGUACAUGCUGUGGGAAGAGGUACUGUGGCUGCAGCAGCUGGCCUUCAUCCAGGACAGUGUAUUAUCAAAGUAAAUGGAAUCAACGUCAGCAAGGAGACACAUGCCAGUGUCAUUGCACAUGUCACCGCCUGCCGCAAAUACAAGCGGCCCAUGAAGCAAGAUUCCAUACAGUGGGUCUAUGAUAGUCUUGAAAGUGCUCAGGAAGACAUUCAGAAGUCCCACUCAAAGCCCCCUGGAGACGAGGCUGGGGAUGUUUUUGACUGCAAAGUAGAAGAUGUCAUGGACAAGUUCAACACCUUGGCCAUUAUCGACGGCAAGAAGGAGCAUGUGAGUCUGACGGUGGACAAUGUCCACCUCGAGUACGGGGUUGUGUACGAGUAUGACAGCACGGCUGGCACAAAGUGCAAUGUGGUGGAGAAGAUGGUGGAGCCCAAAGGGUUCUUCAGCCUAACUGCCAAGAUUCUGGAAGCCCUAGCAAAAAGUGAUGAACAUUUUGUCCAAAACUGCACCAGCCUCAAUUCUUUGAAUGAAGUGAUCGCCACUGACCUUCAGAGUAAAUUCACCAGCAUGUGCAGUGAGAGAGUCGAGCAUGUGUGCCACAGAAUAUCCAGCUAUGGGAGGUUCUCUCGGGUGCUGAAGAACAGAGCCUGGCCCACCUUUAAGCAGGCCAAAGCUAAGAUGUCCCCGCUGCACAGCAGUGACUUCUGCCCUACCAACUGCCAUGUGAAUGUGAUGGAAGUUUCUUAUCCGAAAGCAUCGGCUUCCCUGGGCAGCGCCUUCGGUGUGCAGCUCGAUAGUAGGAAACACAAUUCCCAUGAUAAGGAAAAUAGGUCUGCAGACCCAGGGAAACUGAGCCCCAUGGUAUACAUUCAACACACAAUCACAACCAUGGCAGCCCCUUCAGGCCUGUCGCUGGGACACAAGGAUGGCCAUGGCCUCCGGUAUUUGCUGAAAGAAGAAGACUUAGAAACUCAAGACAUCUAUCACAAACUCCUGGGCAAGCUGCAGACUGCACUGAAGGAGGUGGAGAUGUGCGUUUGUCAAAUCGAUGACCUUCUGUCUUCAAUAACAUAUUCUCCUAAAUUGGAGCGUAAGACAACAGAGUAUGUGAUACCAACGGACAGCGACAAUGAAAAGGGAGAGAGAAAUAGCAAACGUGUCUGUUUUAAUGUAGCAGGAGAUGAACAAGAGGAUUCAGGUCAUGAUACAGUCAGCAACAGAGACUCUUACAGUGACUGCAACAGCAACAGGAAUUCCAUUGCCUCCUUCACGAGUAUCUGCAGCAGCCAGUGCAGUUCCUACUUUCACAGUGAUGAGAUGGACUCAGGUGAUGAGCUUCCAACCAGCAUCCGGAUAUCUCAUGAUAAACAGGACAAGAUCCACACUUGCCUGGAGCAGCUCUUCAUCCAGUUGGAUUCAAUAACCAACCUCUUGAAAGGACGAGCUGUUGUAAGGGCCUUUGAGCAAACCAAGUAUCUCACACCAGGUCGAGGAUUACAAGAAUUCCAACAGGAAAUGGAGGCAAAGCUGAGUUGCCCCAGGAGGUUGCGGCUCCACCUCAAGCAGGAUCCUUGGAAUCUUCCCAGCGGUGUCCGGGCUCUUGCACAGAGCUUCAGAAAAUAUGUUGAAGAGGUGAAGUGCCGCAUACUUCUGGCUCUCCUUGAAUACUCAGAUAGUGAAACCCAGCUCCGGAGAGACAUGGUUUUCUGCCAAAGUCUUGUGGCCACUGUCUGUGCCUUCUCUGAGCAGCUCAUGGCUGCCUUAAACCAGAUGUUUGAUAAUAGCAAGGAAAAUGAAAUGGAGACUUGGGAAGCCAGCAGGAGGUGGCUGGACCAGAUUGCAAAUGCGGGUGUGCUUUUUCACUUCCAGUCACUUCUGUCACCAAAUUUGAAAGAUGAGCAAGCCAUGCUUGAGGAUACACUGGUUGCCCUGUUUGAUUUGGAAAAAGUUUCCUUUUUCUUCAAACCAUCAGAAGAGGAACCACUUGUUGCAAAUGUGCCUCUUACAUACCAAGUGGAAGGAAGCCGGCAAGCUCUGAAAGUUGUCUUCUACAUGGAUAGUUACCAUUUUGAGCAGCUGCCCCAACGGCUGAAGAAUGGAGGCGGGUUUAAAAUUCACCCUGUUCUCUUUUCACAAGCACUGGAGAGCAUGGAAGGAUAUUGCUAUAGAGACAACAUCUCCGUGGAAGAGUUUCAAGCGCAGAUAAACACAGCCUCCCUGGAAAAGGUCAAACAGUACAAUCAGAAGCUCAGGGCAUUCUACUUGGACAAGUCAAAUUCCCCACCAAAUGCCACAUCUAAAGCUGCCUACAUAGAGAAGCUCAUGAGGCCUCUCAAUGCUUUAGAUGAGCUUUACCGGCUGGUCACCUCGUUUAUCAGAUCCAAGCGCAUCGCUGCCUGUGUGAACACACCUUGCAGCGCCUCUGGAGUCGGACUGCUGUCAGUUUCUUCGGAGCUGUGCGACAGGCUCGGUGCCUGUCACAUCAUCAUGUGCAGCAGUGGUGUGCACCGGUGUACCCUGAGUGUGACACUGGAGCAAGCCAUCACUCUAGCAAGAAGCCACGGGCUCCCUCCUAGGUACAUUAUGCAGGCCACAGAUGUGAUGAGAAAGCAGGGUGCAAGAGUUCAGAACACAGCUAAGAACUUGGGGGUUAGAGACCGGACUCCUCAGUCAGCUCCGAGGUUGUAUAAGCUGUGUGAGCCACCACCUCCAGUGGGAGACGAAUAAGCAUUCCCAGGAGCCACGAGACAGAUGCUUCCAAAUGCUGGCCAAGUCAACAUUCUCCCCUGAAGACAAAGAAUUGCAUAUUUAAGAAGCAAAGUUUUCCCAUGGUGAAAAUAACUGAUGUUUGGUUUGGAUAUUUAUACUGGAACUAGAAGUUCCUUAAGACAGUUCAGCCUCACAUUCUAGAUAUAUUAAAAUUACAGAUUCAUAUUAGCAUAAAAUUCACUGCUCAAAUUUGUAGAAAAAUAUACAGAGAUAAAAGAUUUAACUAUUUUGAUUCCUUUCUCAUUCGUUAAUUAUAUUGUAUUUGUUUUUAGCUUCCCCAGUGGGCAGAUAUAAUAUUGGUAGUUUCUCGUGAAGAAGUCUGUCACUAAAAAUGAUUGCCACACUCUGGAAACAGUCAUACAAAAAUGUUAAGAACAGUGUAGAUGGGGAGUUACAGGUGUCCCGUCUCCCACUGGUGCCACCUAGAAGUGCACAUGUGGGAGGUAGGAACAUACACACCUCCCUUUCUUCUAAGGCUUCCUGGUAAUGGAGAAAGCUUUGAGGUCCUGGUAAGACUUUUCUUACUCUUGUCCUAUGUACUCCCUGGCCAUGAAAACACUCCAGCAGGCAGGUGCUUUUCUUGAUCUCUUCAGUGAGCCACGAAUCCUGGGUGAUGUACCAUUGAUGGCUGUGUAUAGGGAGUUGCCAGGUUGGAGAGAUGAGAGGAGCCAAUGAAAAUAGCAAGCCUGUUUGACAACUCAACCCUUAAAAGAGAAAGAUAAACUCGCAAUUGUAUGAAGUCGUCCUAUGAGAUGUCAGACCCUUAAAAUAAUACACCUUCAUGAGUAUUUUUCUAUCAAGUUAUAUAUGUAAGAUGUAAAAAUAAAUUUAUUUGUUGUAUUUCAAAGGGCCAUUAGAAAAAAACCUUGAUAAUUUAUGUAUUCAUUCUAAAGUAUAUGCAAUAUUUAUCACUUCUGUGUUGAUGUACUAACAUUGUUUUGAGCACAUAAAUAUAUUAAUAUUGGUUUUAAAUGUGUAACUUUAAAAAUAAUUAAAACGGCAUUACUGUGAUUAUGAUAGAGUUGUGCUUUGCUUAAUGAUAGGAAUACAUUGUGCCUUUAGACCAUAUUAUUAUUGUACAAAUGUUGUUGGGUGCACUUACCCAGACUGAGAUGGCUGUGGCCUCAUUAGACGGUAUAGCCUACGGGACCAUCUCCUACAGGUUGUCAAUCACUGACCCAAAGGCCACUGUGUAGCACAGUACUGUGUAUAGAUAUGGGCUAAGCACAUGAAAUCCUUACUUUAACUACAGUUUUGGCAAACCGUUAUUCCAUUUUACUUUAUAAAUCUUAUAAUGAAUUUCAGACAAUCAUUAAAGCUGUCUUUACUGCCAGUGAUAUAUUGAAUUUAAAAAUGUGUUUCAAAGGUAUGGGAUAUAUUUAUCCCAUGAAUUAAGAUGAAAAUUAUUCAGCACAGAGAACUUGAGAUUUUUUUAAUUCAGCAAAACUGUAUGUGACUAAUAGAGAAACCAAUAUGUUUCUAAAGAAAAGCCUUAGCAUUUUGAAUUUAAUAAAUGAUAUGACCUGCAUUUGCAUAUAUACAACAUGCACCCAUAACUUUCAGGGAAUUAAUAUUUUGCUGCCAUCAGCACACAACCCUGAAGCUCUCAUAGUUCAGGCUGUCCUGUCUGAAAGUCUUGAGAGUAAGGAGAGCUGACUGACUGACUGACUAGGCAGACCCUUCACACUGCUUUCCUGUUCUGUGCUCACCAGCCUCAGUAAGUUUCCAUAGAGGCAAAGAAAGGGCUACAUGAGGGCUACAAAGCAUGCUUAUAUGUCCUGGGUAUAUUGUCUACUUUUGCAUUAUUUAUAAAUUAGUGUAUAUAACAGAUUGUGGUUAAUGUUAUCUUUUGAGUUAAAUAUAUUUGUGUGCACAGCACUUACCAACUUUAAAAGUCGGCUGGUGGUUUAUGGUAAUGUCCAUCACUGUCAAUUUCAUGGUAGUGAAGUCAUAGUUGACAUGAUUUAGUGUGUACUAAAAGGCUCCCUUUAUUGCCUACUCCACGUUUCGCUAUUCCUUCUUCACAUGGUGGUGCAGCAGGGAUGAAGCCUGGCCUUGUCUUAUUACGUGCACUUCACAGUUCAGCUACAGCAGAGACUAACGGAGUGACUCGCCCAAGUUCACCUGAUGAACAUGGUGGGGUCAGAUGAUGAACAUGGCGGAGUCAGAAGUUAAUGUAGGAAAUCCCUCUUCUUAAUGAUUACACUAAUUUCAUCUGUUAAUAUGAGAACCAUUAUAAUAUUAGCAAUUAUUUUCUGACUAAAAAGUUGGAGUUUUAUGACAUGUGUUGUCAUUCAAUUCUACAGACUAUGUUGCAAAAAUCAAGUGGGAAUAUGCAGAACACCUUUAAUGUAUAAGAACUAUAUUCUUGGCACUUCCCAUUCAUAAUUGAAGAGGCCCCACAUGUAUUGCAAGCCAAGAGUAAGACAUUAUAUAAAAUUUGACUAUAAUUUUAAGAUUGCUAACACUUAAAAGUCUACGAUAGAUGAAUAAUCAAUUUUUAAUUCCAUAAUAUAUACCUUCUUUUGACAUUGGAAUUUUAGCAGGCCUUAGACCUUUUGAACAGCCUUGCUUUAAUGUCGGACUAGCCUCUGCAACUGGGGGUUACUGAGAAGCUAAGGGAAAAGCCCUGCUUACUGUUCUUACAACUUCUGUUUGUGAACAUAGGCUCCUGUCUACACACUGAGAGAUUUCAGAUCGCAUCAUGGGAACUGAAUCGUAUUUACUAUCUUAAAGAUUUUUCUCAUCGAUUUCUAACAUUACAAAAUUUAAUUUUGUAAAAAGUAUGAAGAUUUAAGGGCUGAAAGUAUGUCCAUUCCUUAUUCUAGAGAGAAGGACAGACAGGGGAUGAUAGUUUCUCUUCUGGUUGACUUGGCAGGAUAUGUAAUAAUGAGUGUAUGCUCUCCCCUGUAAACCAGCAUCGUCAUCAGCAGGCCCAUGCUACUCUCUUUCAUUUAACAGAAGUCUUCUACUCUUCAAUCCCCUGUGUAUUCAUUGUCACUCUUCUUGCAGCCAGAUGUUCACUUAAAAAGGAAGGUAGGGCUGGUAAUGUGGCACAGUGGUUGAGCACUUGCCGAGCACACGUGAGGCCAUAUAUUAAACCGUGCUGACUCUUCUUCAGGCCAGUGGUGGCCCACACCUCUAAUCCCAGUACUUGGAGACUCAGUAGGAUUGCCAGCAGUUCAAGGGCACUUUAGCUACAUAUGAGUGUGAGGCCAGUCUGAACUACAGUGUGAGACAUGGCCUAUGAAGGAAAGAAAGAUACUACAGUACAUGUUACUUGGGGAGGGUGCUAUUUCUGGCUUUAUUGAUUUUAACUUUGAAUAGUUCAAUUCAGAAGGAAAUGAAGUUGAUCCCUAACUUUAACGAUGAAUAUAAUCAAUAAGAAACAAAUUCAAGAGGAACUAUUACCCAACUUAAGCAAAAAAUGUCUUGUAGCGAGCACAUAGAUUUUAUAGGCAAGGUUAUUUAAAGCAAAUAUGUUUCUAUCUCAAACUAUCAAGUAUCCUUACAAAAGUCUAAACAUCUGUAGUCCUGUGCAUUGUGAGUCACCACAUCUAAGCAGGUGGGUUUUUUUAGGCACUUGGGGUUUUAUAAAAUCAUAAUAUUAAAAUUUCAAAGUAAUAACCUUGCUUUUUAAGUCAUUUGCCCUUUUAAAAAAUUUUGAAAGUAAUUCUGGAAAUCUACCCAGUGGGAUUACAGUCAAACCACUAAAGCUAUGUUUUUGACUGAAUUGCUUCUAAACUUUAGGAAUUUUAAUUUUGAAAGUUUAAUUUUGUUUUUAUGUGAAUGUUCCUGCAAAACUGAGGUCCAAAGACUCUUCCUUAAACAAUUACAAUUUCAUUAGCAUACAUAAGUUUCAACUAAGUAAGACGAACUAUACUUUUGUAUAUUUGACGUUUCAGGGGAGAGCCUCAGGAAAAUCUUUACUGUGAAGAACAGGUGGGGGAAAUCUAAGAGGCAGCUUUACCAAGAAUGGCCUCAUUAUAGUAGCAGUUUUAAAAAAUAGUCACCAUUUUACUAGGUGCGGCAAUUCCAUGACAGUCAUAAUGGUUAAUAGUUGGUUCUAGAAUCAUUUGAUACUUUAAUGAUUUGCCAUUGUCACUAUUGUUAGCAUUGCUGUUGCCAAGCACCACAUGGCAUCAGUGUGGAGGUCUAUUAAAGUACAGUUAGUCUGUGUGACUCUCAGUGGCCACUUAGUAGGAGUCUGCCUCACUCAGAACAGUUUAUUCUCUCCCUGGCUAGGUUUCUAAAGUCUAAUGAGUUUGAUAAUGAUAUACAGAUGUGUGUGUGUGUGUGUGUGUGUGUGUGUGUGUGUGUGUAUUCUCACAUAACAUAAACCAUUUUUUUAGUUUUAUGAACAUUAACUAUAAACAUUAUGAUAAUUAUUAAAUUUUGGUGUUUUCUUCAUAUGAAAAUACAAGUCACGUAUAGACAGACCAUAUGAUGUCUGCUGCAGACGUCAGUGCUACCUAGGCCAGAGGUGAACUUGUGGGCUGUCCUAUAUUCACUGAGGCUCCUCUGCUAUAUGUAUGAGCCAGCUUGGUUUCUGAUUUGUUUUUGUUUGUUAUCACUGUGACAAAUCAUCUGAGAUAAUUAAGUUACAAAGAGAAAAGGCUUAUUUUGGCUCAAAUUGAUGGAGGUUCUAGUCCACAAAGCCUGUGGUUGGACCUGUCAUGAGGUAGCAACUCCCGACAGGAGAAGACAGAAGAACAUAACUAGUGUGCUCAUUAGCCAAAUCACAAAGGUGAUUAAGAGACUUUAGCCCCACAGUGUUUCAAAGGCAGCCUUCAACAGACAUAGGAACUAUCCAUUGGCCUCCAUCUUCCAGAUGUUUCACCACCUCUCAAUAGCACUACAGAGGGGAUCAAGCUCUUAAUACAGGACCUUUGGGAGACAUGCCGGAAUCCAAACUAAAUAUCUAGUCAAUCUCAAAUCUGCUUUUCUGGUUUACCAUUAAGAAUUAUAAUGGACUUAAUUGCUGAAUUUGUAAAUGAUAGUUGCUAGAAAUACUGGUAAUACCAGAAAUCACAAAAAUUGGGUAAUUAAUUUUAGGCACAGAUAAUGGUUUGUUUCAUUCAUAUUCAACAAACAUUUUGAAAUUCACUUAAUAAGGCCCAACCAGAAUUUAGUGUAUUGGAUAUAUUUCAUUAAAAAAAAAUCAUCAUAGGGUCACUUAUAUCUUUUACUUUAAAAUUGUAUUAUUCAUAAGGUAAAUAUAUUCUAAUACCAUUUGUGUAUUGUAUACUAUAUGGUCAAGAAUACUAAGUUGUUGACAUAUUUAGAAAGCAUACACUUGAAUUUAAAUAUCUAAUGCCUCAAGCAAAUCUACUAGUUUCAGAAGAAUAUAUAUUUUUGUAACUGCAAGAAUAUGAGUAGAUCAGCUUUUGCUUAAAAUAUUUUUGUAAGCACUCAUUUACAUAAUACUCAUUUUUAAUAGUAAAAUUGAUUCUGUAGAAGUAACUGUUUUGACUAUGUCUAUAUUUAAUAUGAUAUAAUAUCCAAAAUUCAAUGAUAAAUUUCAUCUAAAUGUAUUGUUAGCCCUUUUUCCUUUGUAAAAUAGUCAUGUAACAUAGUUUCAGUCAUUCCAUAUUUGUGUAUGGUUAAAUUUGUUAAAGUUCAUUAUGUAUUUUGUAUCAUUCGUUUUAUCCCACAUAAAAGUUUGGAAAAGUAAUGUUAUCUGAUAAAUGUCAAAAAUAAUAAAGUGAAUUAUAGAGUGAGCUUAA